GCGCUGCGAUAGUGGUGUUUGGGGAGGAAGAAAAAAGUCUCUCUCGCUCUCGCAUUUCUUCGCACCCCUGUCAAUGUUGCGACUGCGGCUCUGAAAACAGGCAAACUGCUUCCUAAACAGUUAAAAAAUCGACAGCUACGUAAAUAGUCAAGUUAGGGGUUGCGGAAAAACGGGACAAUUUCCUUCAAAUCGCAAGGGAAAGUACAUCGCCAGUCGGUGGAAAAGCAAAGGUACAGCGACGUGUGUGUUCACGCUCUGCCAGCUCGGUAAUACUCAACCAGCCACCAGCACAGGAGGCUCUCCAUUCCACUUCCGAGGGCAAACUCUGCGCGUGAAAAUGUCCCCGCAAGGAAUUUGGUCCGAAUUUGGUUGAAGCACGGAAGUGAAAUUGUUAUACGAUACGACGUGUGUUUGUCGUUUUUUUAUAGAGAUUCGCAGAUUCGAAAAGUGCAUACGAGUGAAAAAUAACAAAUACAGGAAAAAAGCAAAACGGUAGAAUUGAGAAAAAAAGGUUCAAUUUUUGCCACCAUUUCACACCAGCGAACGCCGUCCCGACGAUAGAUAAAUAGUGCAAUAGAAAGAGAGAAAAAGAGAGAGAGAGAGUGUGUGCGGCAGCUGUUUGUGCUCCGAAAUAACGAACAGCAGGAGUGUUUUACUUUGCUUCAACUUAUUCUUCUUCUUCUUCUUCUUCUUUGGUGUUGUGCUCCAAAAGAGCAUCGCCAGUGAAAAAGUGAACUUUUGCAUUGCAACCCCCCCACUCCCCAUAACCCUCGUGUGUUGUUCUGUUGUCGGGAGGUGUGUGCAGACAAGCGGCAAGCAGAACAACUCCACUCUGCACACACACACACAAACACAUACACGGAGUGCUGGGAAAGCAAGGGAGGCAAUUUUCCUGCUCAAUGCAAUACGCGCCUUCGCCGCAGCUAGUACGCAGCAUCCAGCAGAGCAGCAGUAAGGAGUGGUGUGUGUAUGUAUGCUUAAGUGCGUGUGACUUCGAUUGUUCAACCUAAAACAACCCCCCUUCGGUGUGAAAAACCGGCGUGCUGGGGGAAAAUCAUAAGCAAAUAAAGUAGAAUAAAAGCUCCAAGGGGAAAACCACACCAACCCAAACGAAGGGAAAAGCUUACAAAGGCGAGCUUGGUGGUGGUGUGAAUGUGUGUGAUGUGGGGUGUGCAAGCAGUGUGUAGGGUGGUGAAGAAUUGUCUCGCUCCCAUGUGAAAAGCUCUCUUUUUCCCGUCCCCGAGAGCCAGUGCCUAUUUUCUCGACGGAGUGCAUUUUUUAUACUUGCAAAACGAGAAGCGUAACAGUGUUUGGCGGCCCCCGAAGCAUAUUUGCCCCUCAAGUGCGUCUUUGGUGUGUGUGUCUGCGUGUGUAUGGAGAUGGAUCGCUAACCGAAAAUAAAACAACAACAGCAAAAGUGUAUCUUGUUUCAGGGAAGUUUUCCACCGCAGCAACUGCCCACGGUGGUCGGUCGCAGUAGGCCUUUUUUUCAUUGUUUGUUUUUGCUGUCUGGGCUGGGCAGCGGGAAAAGCGUCGCCGUCGUUCGGAAGGCAACCAUGCUGUAGUAGCAACAAUAGAGGUGCGCGCACACUUCUGACACACAUACACCCACCCACGGCAAUACGGGGGUGUGGAAAACAGUGGCAGUUGCGUGCGAGACAGCCGGGUGAAGUGAAAGGAAAAGCGCUGUGUACGCUUCUUUGUUCGUGUGCGUGUUUUUGCGGUGGAAGCGUAAAGCGCAACAAUAACAUCUGUUGGCGGGAGUGGGAAGUUUACCCCCUUAAGAGCAGAAGUGUCCGAAUAGUGUCGUCUACACGCGUGUGUGUUUGUGUGAUCGUGCAGUGCGUGGGAGGUACAACAACAGCAACAGCGAGAGGAAAACGCCACCAGACGCCCGUGGUGACGCGUUGCGGAAAAUCAGGCUCAACCCAUAGUGAGAAAAAGUGAAAAUCGCACCAACGAUGGCGAAUCCGAGGAAGUUUAGCGAAAAGAUUGCGCUACACAAUCAAAAGCAGGCGGAGGAGACGGCCGAAUUCGAGCGGAUCAUGCGGGAGGUGUUGGACGUGACGUCGAAGGCGUCCAAGAGUGCCAACCUGUCGCCGACGACGGGCACGCUGGGCACGUUUCGAGGCGGUUCCCUGCCCAACGUCAAUAAUGAAAACAAACAGUACCAGGAAAAGGCGGACGAUGGUACAAACCUGACGGAGCUGAAACCCUACACGCAACCGGAAACGAUCAAGGUGAAAAAGGAAAUAUCUCCCAAAGCCAGCACACCGAGCCAUACGAGAGAAUCCAGAGGGCGAACGCCUGGAGGACCCAUGCGUAAUCGGCAAUCGAGUCGAAACCAUGACACGUCACCGUACGGCAACAGUACGGUUCAUUUAAUUCCCCCGAUGGAAAGCAACUGGCACCGUUCGAUCUCGGAUUCGGCAAUCCACCAGAGUCUCUGCCAAAAUCAGCAACAAGACGCCACCCAUCUGACCACUCACACACCUCUAACGCUAAGCCCAACAGUGCAAAGAAAGAUUUCAAAUGCUCAACACAUUUCGAAAGUACACAACAACCACAUGACCAACAACCAUCAUAAUCAUCACCAUCAUCAUCACCAUCCGAGCAAUCAUCACGAUAACGGAUCGACGCAGGACAUCCGGUCACGCUCCUCUACCGCCCUGCCCAGGCUACCCGGCAUCAACAUCUACCCGUCGCAGAACCAUCCCGACAGUAUACAGAUACCGAUACCGAGCAACACGGGCUCGUUACCCGACCUGACUUCCGUCGGUUAUCCCUCCAUGUAUCCGGCAACGUUGGAUCAAGAGUACGAUCCGAACGGACAAAACCACAGUUACUGUCCGAGCCCGCUCGGUACCUCACCCUCGUCGCUUUCACCAACCUCUGCCAUCCAGAACCAUCACCACCAUCCGCACCCGAGAGCGAACAGUUUCAGCGGUGGCGUCAGUAGUGCGACCGGAGGAAACGGUUCCGGUGGUGGAGGAGGAGGCGGAGGAGGAGGAGGCAGCAGUGGCGGCAGUGGCAACAGUGUUGGAGGCGGCUAUCCCAUUCCGACCAGCCAUGCGAACAGUGGGUCCGUCAGCCCGACCGGCAGCGGUAUCAGCUGCAGUCCCAGUGCGUCGUCGGUGGCCCCGAUCGCAAACAUGGGGAACGCUGUGAAUCACAACAAUGGCGCAACGCUUAACAAUGGCAUUAAGGGAAAGAAAGCAAAGCCACAAACCAUCUCUAGUCAGCCUUUUUUAUCUGUACCAGAUAGUAAUAGAUAUUCGUUUAUGUCGAAGGUCAACAAUACUUAUGACACUAAUCAGCAGCAGUCAGUGCAACAGCAGCACCAGCAACACCAGCAACAACCACAAGCACAGUCUCCACAGCAGCAGCAGCAGCAACAAGCACAACAGCAGCAGCGAAUACCAACGCUGGAUCAGAUAAGCUACGAUAGCUUCACUCAGAUCACCGACGGUCUGGCGUCGCCCAACCAGAACUCACCCGAAAGCAUACUGUACGGAUCUCAUGGAAAUAUGUCCCCGCAAAUUAUGUCGGACUAUCGAACCCGACCCAGUCCCGGCUCCAGUCCAGGGCUUGCGCUAGUGAACAAUCCCGAUUCCAACUCCAGUGCACCCUGCAGUCCAGUGUCCCACACGGUGGGCAGUAACAAUGGACCAACUUACGAUAAAUAUCCAACCAGUGACGUUUACGUACAGAACACCCUACCACAGUAUUUGGAACACAUCACACUGGACUGGACUACGCUGGUUCAGAGUCUAGUAGAGUCCGGAUGUACAUUAACCGCGCAAGUGCAGGGUGAUACCGACUUUACCACCAAUCAAAUGGUCUUUAGCGGGUUUGAUGAAACCUACUUGACGAUGAACAAUGGUCUCGGUAUACGCACUCACACCGGCCAUGGCAAUGGGCACACGCAAGUCCACCAGACAGCGACGCAGCAGACGAACCAGCUUAACUCGAUCAACUGUCAGAAUAUGCAGAAUAUGCAAAACACCAACAUGAGCAACAUGUACAACGGGACGACGGAACCGCUGCUCAGCCUGCCCAACACCCAAUCGCUUAUUGAGCCCCAAACGCCCACGAUACCGGAGAUCGUUUUUACAGAUUAUUCGACUAGGGACGAUUUCGAGGCAGACCUUGGGCUUGGUCAUAUGGAUUUCCAAAGCAUCCAGAUGCUCUCCGACACCAGCACGAUGAUUGACCCGAUGGACGAGGACAGCUUUCGACGAGAUUUACAAUAGUGCGAGGCCAACUGGGACGGCUUACCGAACGACUUCUAUUAGCCCGAUGCGCUAGCUGACCCAGGCCGUCGAACCAGGCACCCAUACUGGCGAGCGACAGAAAUACAAACGACAGACGACACAACACGCAAACACACAUACACUGUUGUGGGUGGGUGGGUGGAGGGAAAUAGUUAAUGAGUAACUGUUACUUGAGGCUGACCGCAAACGUUGAUAAACUAUAGUUAAGGAUAAGGUGUGUGUGUGUGAGAGUGUGAAGUGCUGUUAGCGUACGGCGAGAGUUUGUAGUAUACCAGGAUCAUAUAGAAUAGUGGACAGCUGUGCAAAAUGCUUAUGUUUUAAGGUUGAGUAACAAAACCUUUCCCCACGUUGCGUGUGCAUUGACUAAGUGUUACAUUAACUAGAUGUGUUUUAGAACUGGUUGGUGUAAAGGUGUGCAAAUUAAUGUUUAGUUGAGGGCGAGAAACAACACUUUCCCGUGGAUGUUGUGACAUUUUUGUGAAGAGCAUUGUUUAAACAUUGUUUCACAAACAGUUUCCUCCAAUGUUGUCUUUCCCAUAUGGUGAUAUGGUGUAUUUUUUUUUACAUUUAUGUUGUUUCCUCCUGUUGGUCAAAAGCAUUAUUGCGAUGAGAUUUAGAUAAAUGCUCUGAGGGGAAAAAUGUUUUCCCCCGUUUUUAUGGUCAUACUUAAUGGAAAGAAGUAAAUCUGUUUGGUCAUUGCAGACACAUUGCAGUUACAAUGUUUCUGUUUGCUUCACGGGUAUGCAACGGAAAGCAAAAGUAUAAUUUAAACGAGCUGAUUUACUAAAGAUUUGGUAAAACUGAUUGUCACAAAAGCACAAAAGCUUCGUACAGAGUACCUCGAUGCCUUUGCUUGAAUUACGAUUUUACUCCUGCUCUAAACGAAUGCUGUUCUUCAUUUAAAGAGUCAUAGAUGAACUCUUGACCAAGCGAUAGGACGAUGAAAAGUGCUAGCUCGAAAAAGGAGCAAGUUUGAGAGAGAAAGAGAUGCUUAGAGAGACGAACGUGUUUAAUAAAAGGAAGGUUAAGUAAGUGAUGUGGUCCAUCAGUUAGAUUGCAAGCAGCAAGGAAAACUCUCGAGUAAAUGUAAAACUGUUUUCAUGCCGAAUUAAUAAAAAAACAACAAAAAAACAAAAUCUUAUGCCGAACACAGAUGUGCUGCGAGAUGAAAACAAAAUAAGAAAAAAAAAACAACAACCCCCCCUGGAAAGUAACGUUCUCUGUGUAAUGCUCUGUUUUUUAAUGUCACUAAAGCAUUAAACAUAAUGAAAACAAACAAAAAAACAUUGUGCUAUUUACUGAUAAUAAAAGGGAUGAUAAGCUCUAGGUUUAGGAGUAGAUAAAGACUAAUGCAAGUUUAGUUAGGAAACGAAAAAAGGCAGACAAAAGGAACGAAUGAAACAUGAUAAUAAAGUUUGUGAGAAAAAAAAAUACAACACACACACGUAGCAACAAAAGGUCAAUACGCAGCGAAACGGAACCCGAACGAAAUGAGAAAAUGUUCAGGGGGAUAGGGGGCAGACUAUACUUAAUUAGGCCUUUUUUUGUUGUUUCUACGACCAACGAACGCGCGAUGGUUAAGUAAAUGAUUUUUUAUUAUCGUUUUGUAAUGUUACAACGCGACUGUUGUGUUUACAGCAGCAGUUUGAUCAACUCAAGCAGACUUUGUGUUUAGUUCGUUUUGCAUUUAACAAAUCCCCAUUUGUUGUUUCUUUUUCUGUGCUUUGUUUUCCCUUUCGCUACCUGCAACCCAGUCGUCGGUUGGUUGGCGGGUCAGGCUGUGCGUGAAUAAAUGAUAAUGCUAGGUGAUCCGAUUGAAAGGAUAACCACCCCCUGCCCAGUGGUAUGGUACACAACAAGCAAACGACACAUACGAACGUAACGAACAAUAGUUAGAUAAAUGGCCAAUGGCAAAAAGCUGCGGGGUAGCGCGAUUGACGGAGAAUGUAUUGCAUGUAAAAAUAUCGUAACAUAUCAAACUGUACGAAACACAUUGUUUGUUAGCUUUAUUCAAUUCGAUUCCCCCGAAUCGACGAUAAUAAAUCACAUAAAUGCCGAUCGAUUCCACCCCCCCCCCCCUCUUCUAGAGGACGAUGGGUUAAGAUGCUCUAACUUCGGUGGAACGUAAACCCACAGGUCACAGAAUCGAUAGUUAGUUUAACCAAUUAGUUUUGGUUAAAUUAAAAUUGUGUACAAAAGUACAAAAAAAUAACACGUAAUAUGUUAAACACUUUCAAUGAAAUCAUAUACUGGACGUGUUGCAAAACAAAAGGCAGAAAGCAGACAGCAGGAAGUGAGUAAAUCGAAAUCCACUCAGCAUUCUUUUAGUGUCACUGUUAAAUACUGGUUUCGUUUGUGUUUGUUGAUAAAUUCGGCGUUUUCAAUGUCCGUGUGGUUAAUUGUUCCUGAGACGAAAAUGAUCCGAUCGGAUAAGCGUGUGUGUCUGUGUGUGUCACACUUUUGCGCUGUGAUUGAGCGAGCGGGUUUUUGUUUUUCGUUGCCUUUUUUACAUUGAGCGAUGUUUGAUGACAGAGUAAGGAGAAGAAUCAAUUUCAACGCUGUACAAAAUGCUCUCCCUUUAAACAUGCUACACUCGUGAAUCGAUAGUGUCAAUGGCUGGGUACGCAUUUCCCGUUUUCUAUCUAUUUAUCUCCAUCGCUUCCACCCCUUUUUCUAUCUUAUUGCCUAUUGCAUACUGAAAUUGACUUAAUUUAUAAUGGCUACUUGUAAUACAAAACUGUUCGCUUCACUAUACAUCACUACCAAUGGUGGUGAUACGCAUGAUAACAAUUUUCUCCUUUUCCUCGCGAUUCGUCAAUUUGAAAAGUCCAUUUUUUAUCCACUUCAAGAUAAACAAUUCGUACGAUAUACUGGUUAUGAUCGUGUUUGCAACAUUAAAUAACGCUCUUGAUCGCUUAAACAAAGCAUCCACCGCAAGCUAGAAGAAAAGAACAAGCAGCAAGGAAACAAAAAAAAUAAAAAUAAAACCAACAAACAAAUAAAAGAAAUGCCUUUCAGAUAUUACGCAUCUAUUUUACACCGAUUGCACUACAAAAGGGGUUGCAAGCAAGGGUGGAGAGAAAGGCGCUCAAUUACAUUUUGGACUCGAUUACAGUACCUUUUUACAGAUUCAAUAGAUUUGUGAGGCAUGGUGGGUUGUUUUUUGUUUAAUUUUAAACCGUUCAACACAACAAGUGUGUAUAAUACUGCAUGAAUCGAUGGAUGGAUGAUGAAAAAAGUACAUAUUUUGUUCGUAAAACACUGAGUGUUUUGGUUGUUUUAUUUCUUCAAUUUCGUUAAGAUACUGACAUACCCCCAUUUACCCAGCAACAUACAGAGCAACUGUGCCAAACUGUUAAACAUUACUUUUACUAUACGACUGUGCGUAUUCAAUGACUCAUAUUCCUAUCAUACGCUCAUCUUUCGCUUCUCUUUUCGCUGAAACGCCCACUGAGCAGUUAUCAAAAGCUGAACAACAUUACUCGUAAGAACAUGCAGCAUGCAGAUACAUUCAAUUUCAGAUUGCACUCUUCAAUAGAUAGCGAAACAUUUGUCGAUUUAAUACAAACUCCAAAGUAAACAUAAUUCAUACAAAUGAACCAAUAGUAACAUACAAAAAAAAGGAAAACUGUACACGCGCAGCUCAAAGGUCAAGUGUGGUGUGCGCCUUUUAGAAUAGAAAAAAAAGGAAAAAAGGGAUAAUGUGUAGUACGAAUACGGUUUGGCAGCAGUAGAUAAAUCGCAGAGAAUGACAUAGAAACAGUAGAAAAAAUAUGCAGGAAAACAGACAAAAAGAAGGGUAAAACAUAUUACAUACUUCCUGUUCAAGUAUUUGCCCUUUCGGUUGAGAUUUGGUUGACCUUAUUUCUAGCUGCCGUCGUAAUUUAUGAAAGAAUAUCAGUGUACAAAUAGAAAAUUGAACCUGCUCCCUAUUACUUCCUCAAUGGCAAUGUAUUUCUUUCCCUUGUUUUCUCACUCGAAUCUCGUCGUCGUCGUCCUUUCCCGAUCAAUGUCCGAUUGAUCCGGUUGUAGCCGCUCACUCCGUUGCCUUACUUCUUCGCAGCCGUACCAUGAUGAUGCCCCCCCCCCUUUUUCGGCGCCCGGCAUUGAUUUUCAAGGGGGAUCUUCUUUUCUAAACGUUAAGCACACAGAGCACAUGUAGAUAGAGAUUGGUUGGAGAUGGUAAUGAGAGGCACACAGGCCAACGAUAGCUGUGUGGAGCACAGCACAUUUUAAAUGUAUAAAUUUGUAGUUAGUGUUGCGACGCGUACUUCUCGAUAGCACAAUGUGGUGGGAAAAUUGUUCACAGUUGGAUCACAUGUUGGAAGAAAUUAUUUUAAAGUGGGAUAUCCUUUCACUGAUAUGGAUCCUAUUUAGCUGCUCUAGCGUGUACUUCUUAGCUAGAACCCACCCUCUCCAAGUACCUUUGUUACAAAAGAGUUUUGCGGCAAACAUUACGAAUUGAAGAUUAAUAUAGCAUAUAUUUACGCACGUUGACCUGAUUUUACAAAAAAAAAAAUAAAAGGAGAGAGACAAAAAGAAAUUCUAUUGUUUCUAUAUACACAAUAAGAUGCAUUCACUAUUAUUACAUGUGUGUUGUUGAUCUAACAAGCGAACGAAAGGAAGGUUAAAAUCAGUUAGAAUAUUAACUAAAACAUAACUAAAUGGUCUGAUAAGGGAAAUUGGGAAUAGUUUGUUUUUAUUUUUCUAGAUAAAAAAACGGGAUAUUAAAUGUUAACGAGUAAAGAAUCUGAUAUGCUGGUAGGGCGGUAAUAGUGUGAUACAAGGGCGUAAAUAACUAGCUGUCAGAAUACCGUGGUUGCCAUGGUAGCUGAAAAAGGCUUGCGCAUGGUUUUUGGCUCAGUGCGUAUAGCAUCAGUUGCGUGUCUCGAUCGUAUUACCUAGCCAGGGACGGCAUUGUAUAGAACAGUCAAUUAGUGUGCGAUUGCAAAAAAAAAAGAAGUGUGUGUAAUUUUCUUAUGAAAGUAGCACAAAAUCACAUAAAAUUAAAAAGGAAGAAAAGAUAAAUGUAGCAACGUCAAACAAACAAAGACAUGUAGAAUGGUAAAAACGAAAGGAAAAAAAAAAAACGGUCAAACAAACGAAAUAGAAAUGUAAAGAAUAAUCUUUACCAAUUAAAUGCAGUUCGAAGAAUUGUUUGAAACCAAUUGGCGUGUGUUUCUGUAUCUCUCUCUUUCUCUCUGUGUAUGUGUGUUUUCAUCGUGCACAAAAUUACACAUUUACGAGGUAAUAUUCCUACCAAACUGGCAAAUCACAGUACUCUAGCAUCAAAGUGAGCCAUUUCCUCAAUGCCGGAGUUCGGAGUAGCUUUUUAUAUUUGCAGUACGCUCGGUGGCAACAAGAAUGGGACAAAUAAUAUAUAAAAAAAACACACACUCUCACAAUACACAAGCAGCAGAACCAAUGCAUAACAAUUGUUUCUUUCCCUACUCUCUAUCCAUUUAUCUCUAAACCUUCCCGUUUUUUAUCACACUUCAUUCAACUUUCUACAUUCAAACACAAGUACAUGGCAGAAGAAGUAUGUGAUGAAAUAGUGCAUCUCUAUAGAAUGAGAAAAUAAAAUAACAUAAAUCUCCGCUGUCAAAAUAGAAACAAAAGAUAAUGAAAAAAAAAACACAAUUAAAACAUUAAACAUAAAUAAAAGGCGCCCAAAUCAUGCCAAUGUUCUCUUUCUCUACCUUUUUCGUACCCAUAGAGAUGAUGAAUCUUAAAGUGUGUGUGUGUGUGUAUAAGUGUGUGAUAGGAUAAAAGAGAGAGAGAGAGAGAGGAAAAAAUAGUAGCAAGUAGAAGGACCGUACCAGACGAAUGGGAUGAAUUCAACCACAACAAACGUACACUGCUGCAAACAGGGGUAGUAGUGCUAAAAGUGACGAAUAAUGCGGGUGCUAUUUAAAA